AUGGUUCCGGAGGAAUUCCUGCUUGGAUUUCAAGCACUCAGGGUCUUGAAUCUAAGUAAUACCAGCAUCCCGCAAUUGCCUCUUUCCCUCAUCCACCUUGGUGAACUUCGUGUCCUUGUAUUACGCAAUUGUGCUAGGCUCAAUGAAUUACCCCCUGUGGGGCGGCUUAGUAAACUACAAGUGCUCGAUUGCAGUGGUAGUGGUAUCCAGAAAUUGCCAGAAGGGAUGGAGCAGCUGAGCAACUUACGGGAAUUAAACUUGUCAAGCACCAUGCAGUUGGAAACCUUCCGAGCUGGAUUGAUAUCAAGGUUGUCUGGUUUAGAGAUUCUAGACAUGAGAGAGAGUAACUAUAGAUGGUGUCUGAAGACAGAGACAAACGAGGGAAACGCAACACUUGAGUAG